AUGGCCGAUAAAAUACGAGCUGGAUGUAAAUGUGUAAAACCACUUUUGUCUGCCAAUUUCUGUGAGGCUCAUACACGAGUAAUCGGAUUAUAUAAAGCAUACUACCGUUUCAUUCCUCAUUUACUUAGAUUAUUUGACAUCCCCAAAAAUGAAGAAGACUGCCGUUGGAAAUUACGAGAGCAAUUUUAUAAAAAUGCUUGCGUUACGGACAUUCGGGUAAUCGAUAUGCUAGUUAUAAAGGGUUAUAUGAAUUUAAAAGAGAUGACUAACAACUGGCAACAGAAAGGACAUCUUAUGAGUAAUUGGAACCCAACAGCUGAACCAAAGCCGUGUGACUUUGUUGGAAAAUUUUUAGCCGGCGUUGAUUAAAAUAACAAUGAAAUUUCCUUUCUCCAAGCUUUGGGAAAUAACGGUUAAAUAAUAACAUCACAUUUAUUUAUCGAAUAUAAUUUACAUCACAAUAUACCUUUCAAAGGCGUUAUGUUCACAUGGUUAUAGCAAAUUAUAUAAAGUUGUAAGUAUUUUGAGUUAUGAAAAGGUAUACAAUAAACAUUUAUCACCCGCACUCGUACUUCACAUUGAACAAAAUAAAAAUAGUUUGUUAAAUUCAAUAAAUAAAUAAAAACUCACUUAUAUAGUAUGAAACUAUGAGCUAAACUGUUAAAAACGACUUCACAAUAUAUAUUAUGCAGGUAUGAAGCCCACCUAUGAAUAAAUAUGUAAAUUAACGUAUAUUAUUUACAAAUUUGGGUUUAAAAAUAAGGCUCACAACCAUUAAAUUACAAUAUGAUGUAAAUAAUCGCUUUGGUACAACAAAUAUAUAGGCAUGUAAAUAUAAAUUGUCGUCUAUUUUUAUACCCGUGAUAUUAAAAGUAAAUAGGUAUAUUAUCAUUAUUAUUAGGGUAUUUUUGAUACACACUUAAUUGUCUUUAUAUCGAUCGUAUAACACAAAUAAAUCCAAUAAGCCGUUGUUAUAAACGUGAUUGAAAAUCUCUUAAGGUAUCUCUUAAUGUAGGUACAUUAUAACAUUUAAAAUACAUCGAAAUGAAUGAAAAAUACAUAGCGUUAAGUAGUUUUAUUUAGCGUAGGUUAUUUUUUGGAGUUACCUCAUUUUUCAUUAUUUUGAUAUGCCUAGUCUACAAUCUUACUGUAAAACGUUUUACAGAUUCUAAUUUUACCUUUUAAUUCAUCCUGGACUAUCAAUCAGCGACAGAUGCCUACUUAGGUACUUUAACAUCAAACGUUUAUCUCGUCUUUAGAAGGAUAAAGCUAAGGAAAAUUAUAAGCCUAAACAGGGAAA